AUGACCUUCCUGUCACAGCCUUUCCUGCAGCAGGAGAAGGGGGCUGUGGUUUGUAUCCACUCGCCUUCGGACACCGACUGGGAGGACCUGUGGGACCAGUUUGCUGAGCGACGGUAUCUGAAUGCCAAAAAGUGGCGUGUCGGGGAUGACCCCUAUAAGCUGUACGCCUUCAACCAGCGGGAGAGCGAACGGAUCUCCAGCAACCGGGCCGUCCCGGACACUCGCCAUCUGAGGUGCACUCUGCUGGGGUACUGCACGGACCUCCUGCCAACUAGCAUCAUCAUCACCUUCCACAACGAGGCCCGCUCCACCCUGCUUAGGACCAUCCGCAGCGUGUUAAACCGCACCCCUAUGCACCUGAUCCAGGAAAUCAUAUUAGUGGAUGACUUCAGCAAUGACCCCGAUGACUGCAGACAGCUCGUCAAGUUGCCCAAGGUGAAAUGCCUACGUAAUAGUGAGCGCCAAGGUCUGGUCCGGUCCCGGAUCCGAGGCGCGGAUAUGGCCCAGGGCACCACCCUGACCUUCCUGGACAGCCACUGCGAGGUGAACAGGGACUGGCUGCAGCCCCUGUUGCACAGGGUCAAGGAGGAUUACACACGAGUGGUGUGUCCCGUGAUUGACAUCAUCAACCUGGACACCUUCACCUACAUUGAAUCCGCCUCAGAGCUGAGAGGGGGGUUUGACUGGAGUCUCCACUUCCAGUGGGAGCAGCUAUCCCCAGAGCAGAAGGCCCGGCGCCUGGACCCCACGGAGCCCAUCAGGACCCCCAUCAUCGCGGGGGGCCUCUUUGUGAUCGACAAGGCCUGGUUCGAUUACCUCGGGAAGUACGACAUGGACAUGGAGAUCUGGGGCGGCGAGAACUUUGAAAUCUCCUUCCGGGUGUGGAUGUGCGGAGGCAGCCUGGAGAUUGUGCCCUGCAGCCGUGUGGGGCACGUCUUCCGGAAGAAGCACCCCUAUGUUUUCCCUGAUGGAAACGCCAACACCUAUAUCAGAAACACCAAGCGGACAGCCGAGGUCUGGAUGGAUGAGUACAAACAAUACUACUAUGCGGCCCGGCCCUUCGCCCUGGAGAGGCCGUUUGGGAACAUCGAGAGCCGCGUGGAACUCAGGAAGCGUCUGCGCUGCCAGAGCUUUGAGUGGUACCUACAGAACGUCUACCCGGAGCUCAGCGUCCCCAAGGACUCCUCCAUCCAGAAGGGCAGCAUCCGGCAGAGGCAGAAGUGCUUGGAGUCGCAAAGGCGGAGCAGCCAGGAGCCCCCAGCCCUGAAGUUGAGCCCCUGUGUCAAGGUCACAGGCGAGGAAGCCAAGUCCCAGGUGUGGGCCUUCACCUAUACUCAGCAGAUUCUUCAGGAGGAACUGUGCCUGUCCGUGGUCACCCUGUUUCCUGGAGCUCCGGUGGUUCUUGUCCUUUGCAAGAAUGAAGAUGACAGACAGCGAUGGACCAAGACUGGCUCUCGCUUCGAGCACCUGGCAUCCCACCUCUGCCUGGACACUGACAUGUUCGGUGACGGCACCGAGCAUGGCAAGGAGGUCGUGGUCAACCCGUGUGAGUCCUCCCUCAUGAGCCAGCACUGGGACAUGGUGAGCUCUUGAGGGCCCUGCCCGGCCUGGCCUGGCCGCGGGGUGGUGCUUCACUGGACCGGAACAGACACCCGGCCUGAGAGGUGGAAGCAGAGCCUCUGGAGAGGAGGCCAUCUCAGGGAGGAUAGAGGAAGACGUGGCAGCCAGUGGGGCUCAGAGCCGAGUCCCAUGUGUCCUCAGCGCCCUUCCAUCGCAGUCCUGGUCGCCAUCCCCGACUGGCCUCUGGAGAGGUGGACCCGUUGGGAAGCGCAUUCCCUUUCUUACAAAAGAGGUGCUCUCUGGAGGCCGCAGAGGAAGGCCCUCCUCGUCACCAGGCCGGAUUCGAUGGAGAGGUGGAAAAUGGAGGCUGUUUUCAAAACAAAUAAAGAGAACCUCGGACAUUG